CUGUUUUCUUGAAGCCCGUGUCUCUCCCAGCUGAUAGAAAACAACGAUGACAGUCCAGGAGCCACUUUAGAAAAUCAUUCCAACUUAUCAGCCCCUGACUCACUGUGAGUCAGGGUGCUAAGUUUGGCCCCUGUAGGAGGGUGCUUUCUACAGGAACAGAAGGGUGGGGAGGCGGGACGCUCAGAACUUGUCCAUGUCGGCAGGGCGCACCAACCUCUCCACGUCCGGGAGCGCAAAGGAAAAUGCUGCGCCUUACCAGCCGCUGCAGCGGGUCCAUGGCUAGAAUCCGCUGUCAGUCAACGUCUUUUACCCACAAAAGACAACGCAAGGCGGCAGGAACCGACGCUCCGAUUCAUUUCACCGGGAAGGCUUUCGCUGUUCUCCUGCUGGUCCUUCUCGCUGCGCACGAGUGCUUCUCAUCCAAGUCAGAGGACAGACUUUUCCGAAGGUUAUUCCGGAGGUACAACCAGUUCAUCCGGCCAGUGGAAAAUGUCUCUGAUCCAGUCACUGUGGAGUUUGAAGUGUCCAUAUCCCAACUUGUCAAAGUGGAUGAGGUCAAUCAAAUAAUGGAAACCAACUUAUGGCUAAGACACGUGUGGAAUGACUACAAACUAAGAUGGACUCCGGCAGAGUAUGAUGGGAUUGAGUUUAUACGAGUUCCAUCUAAUAAGAUUUGGAGACCUGAUAUUGUCUUGUACAACAAUGCUGUGGGGGAUUUUUUAGUGGAAGACAAGACAAAAGCUCUGUUGAAGUUUGAUGGCACGAUCACUUGGGUUCCUCCCGCCAUAUUCAAGUCUUCCUGUCCGAUGGACAUCACCUACUUUCCCUUUGACUACCAGAACUGCUCCAUGAAGUUUGGCUCUUGGACCUACGACAAGGCCAAGAUCGACCUGGUUCUCAUUGGCUCAAAGGUGAAUCUAAAGGACUUCUGGGAAAGUGGGGAGUGGGAGAUCAUUGAUGCUCCGGGAUACAAGCACGACAUCAAGUAUAACUGCUGUGAGGAGAUCUACACUGACAUCACGUACUCCUUCUACAUCCGUCGCCUGCCUCUUUUCUACACCAUCAACCUCAUCAUCCCGUGUCUCCUCAUCUCCUUCCUCACCGUGCUGGUUUUCUACCUCCCAUCAGACUGUGGCGAGAAGGUCACCCUAUGCAUCUCGGUCCUGCUCUCCCUGACUGUGUUCCUGCUGGUCAUCACCGAGACGAUCCCCUCCACCUCACUCGUCAUCCCUCUGAUUGGAGAGUACCUUCUCUUCACAAUGAUCUUUGUGACUCUCAGCAUUGUCAUUACUGUCUUUGUGCUUAAUGUUCACUACCGCACCCCCAUGACUCACACAAUGCCGGACUGGGUGAGGUCUGUGUUCCUUGGGGUGCUGCCCAGAGUAAUGCUGAUGAGGCGACCCAUUGACCAGAGCUGCUCCUCACCUGCUAGAUUUACGACAGGGACGACUGGAGCUGGAAUAACUGGAGGCAGCAAGAAGAGAAAGAACAGUGUGGGAGGAGGCAGCAGCUCGGGAAGUGUAAGUAUUGGUGGCAUCACUGGGGGCGUGGCUUGUGCACCACUGGAUAGUGGAUCGGGAGGAGGUGGGGCCUCCUCAGCUGGCGGCUCAAUGAACUGUGUGGAGUAUGGUGACAUAAACCGGGAUAUGACCAGGAGGUGCUACAGAGGCAAAGAAGUACCAACACCUGUUCCACCACCAAGGGUACCGUCUCCCCAGGCACCUCAACCUCCAGGGCCUCCAGAGUCAGAGCUUCCGAAGGUGUCAAGGCCCCUUAAAGCUUCAUCGCCUGUCAAUGCUGUUGUUGCCUUUUCUGUGGUGUCGCCAGAAGUCAAGCAGGCCAUUGAGAGCGUGAAGUACAUCGCAGAGAACUUGAGGACACGCAACAAGGCCAAGGAGGUGGAAGACGACUGGAAGUACGUUGCCAUGGUCAUUGACAGGAUUUUCCUGUGGGUUUUUGUGACAGUGUGUGUGCUGGGAACUGUGGGACUCUUCUUCCAGCCACUCAUCAGCUUCUUGAAAUGAAGCCCUCGCUGAAUCUCCACUUGUCCACUGUUAUCUCUGUACUUCACUUAAAUUACUUUGAGAAUUAUCCUCUCUUGCAGCUGCGUCACACCAAACAGUGUUACUCUCCUUCAAUUCUGCCCUGUUUCUCGCCUCUUUUCUUUGUUCUUCAUCGUCAUUCUGUUCAAAACUUGUAAAAUGAUCUUUUUCUUUAUCAUUAUUCGCCACUUUCGCGAAAAUCUCAACUUUUUGCUUUCCUUCUAACCAUCACAAUCACUGAAACUCCAUUUCCCAACAUCUGCUUUUGAUUUUCCUUUAAUGUGCCAUACUUUGACAUGCUGUUUACUUGUCAUUUCUCGUACAUGCUUUUCUAAUAUCUGUUUAAAAAUAUUUUUUAAAAGUUGUCAAAACCAUUAAACACGGAAACAGAACAAUCUGGAGCAGCACUUUGUCAUCGUGACCAAGGCAAUAAACACAUAACAUUGUUGAGAACGAUAGCACAACAUGUUCUUUUAGCUGUAAAAGUUCCCUACAUGUUUUUUUGUACCUCAGUAAUUAUGUUUACGUGUUGUCAAAUAAGAUUUAAAAAAAGCAUUGUUUUUGUGUUUUAUUGUAAAUACAUUACAAGUGUGUUAAGCAUGAGUUUCCCGGAGGACACAGACUUAGAUGGUACAGAUGUGCCACAAUAUAAAUAUGCACCUCUGGAACAUUUAGACCCUCAGUGGAAGCUUAUAGAAGCACUUGAACAGCACAAUUCUGAUUAAAGUUUGGAAGACUUGAAACAA